UAAUGGAAGGCGGAGCUUAACCAACUACAAAUGAAACAAAAGAAGGACAUGAAUUACAUGUUCAAACCUUAGAAAAUAAGAUUAGAGAACUUCCUCUAAAGGAUAGACUCAAAGCUAUUGCCAUCUAACAUCAUUAUCUAUAAAAAGAGAAAUUAGACAAGGAAUGUGAUGAGAAGAUUCAUGCUGUUUAAAAACAAUAUGAUAUUAAAUCAUUACCAAUCUAUGCAGAAUAACAAUCUCUCAUUAAUGGUUAAAGAGCUGUAAGUGCAGAAGAACAAGAACUUUUUAAGGAUUUCUUUUCUGAAGCUGAAUUAUAAGAAGCUCUUUAAAUUGCCUAAAAAACAGAACCAAUUGAUAAUUAUUGGGGAACUGUCUUAACAAAUUGCGAUAAUUUAUCUCAUGUUUUUGGAGAAAAGGAUAAAGACAUCCUUAAAUACUUAACUUCAAUUGUUUUGGAAACCUCAGCUGAUACUGAAGUCUUCACUCUUAGAUUUACAUUUAAAGAUAAUGAAUAUUUCAAGAAUAAAGAAUUGACAAAGAAAUUUAUUAUUGAAGAAGGCAAAGAUUUCCCUACAAGUACAGUUGGAACUGUAAUAGAAUGGAAUGAAGGCAAAGAUGUUACAGUUAAGAUAGUAGAAAAAGUAAAUGAUUUAUUAAUAUUUAAGAAAUAAAAAAAUAAGAAGACAGGAGCAUCUAGAGUAAUCAAAAAGAAGGAAACAUAAUUAAGUUUCUUCAAUUUCUUCAAGAAUUCAGAAGAUAAGGAUGAAGGAGAUGAAGAAGGAAAAGCUGGAGUAUUAAAUAUUUAUAAUAAUUUAUAGAAUAUUGAUGAAGAUUAUGAAAUUGGAAAGACAAUAGCAGAAGAAGUCAUACCUUAUAGUUUAGAAUAUUUCUUAGGAAUUAAUCCAGAUGAUGAAGAUUAUGAAGAUGUUGAUGAAGAUGAAGAUGAUGAGGAUGAUGAAGAUGAAGAAGAUGAUGAUGAUGAAGGUGAUGAUAAAAAGAAAAAGAGUGUAAGUUUUAUUAUAUAAAUUUUAUUAGUAAAGAAAGAAGAGUGGUGACAGUAAAAAGUCUGAUAAAGAUAAAAAAGGAAAAGCUGAAAAACCAGAAUGCAAAUAAUAAUGAGAGU